CCUGCAAGCCUGGAAUGAGUUACACGUGUUCUCACACGAUUGGUAAUGUUUUUUCAAUUUCUGUUUUUCCUUUUCAUCGUUCGCGGUGAUGAACAGUUUUCCCGACAAUUAUAUUUUUUCAACUACUAUAUCUUCGAUUGAUACCCUUGCAUCUCUCUUAGAAAGGGUUUCUUUUGUAUUUAAGUCCCCAUCCCUUAAUCAGCUUCCUUUGAUCGAAAAAGGGCAGGGCUUGAAAAUGGGAAUGAGUAAAACAGAAGUGAAUUUUCGGAGGUUACUUGCAGCUGCACCCCAACAAAAGAAUCGUUCUAAACUCAUACAUUAUGUUGCUACUUUACGAGAACUGUUAGAACAAUUAGCUGAAGAGAGAACACCAGAAGGCUUACCAAGAGUUUCAAAGGCCGUGCUCAAUGAUUAUUCAGAGAAGAUUGAGGAUAUUGCCUCAAGCUUAUCUGCCACACUGCCCAAUGUUAAGGUAUCCGAAGAGCCUGUCACAAGAAACACUUUUAAACAGAAUCCUAAAUCAGAUGCAGAAAAUCACAUGCCUUCUUCCCCUGGCUUAAGAAGGAGAGUUGUGCCUACCUCAAGCAACAAAGAUAGAACUCAUGACCCCACUGAGGCUGAUACAUCAGCACCUAUCAAACUGGAUGCUGCAGCACAAGCACACAUACAGAAGCACAGAAAGCUUCAAGAAGACUUAACAGAUGAAAUGGUUGGCUUGGCACAGCAACUUAAAGAGAGUAGUCUUAUGAUGAGUCGGUCCUUGGAAAACACUGAAAAAAUACUUGAUUCCACAGAGAAGGCAGUUGAGCAUAGUCUUGCUAGUACUGGACAUGCAAAUGUCCGUGCCAUGCAGAUAUAUUCAGAAACCUCAAAGACUACAUGUUUCCAAUGGCUUCUGAUCUUUGUCAUGAUAUGUGUUUUCAUCAUGGUUGUGCUCCUGAUUCGUGCAACAUGAAUUAGGACAAUCUCCUGGAUGGUCCGAUGAGGUAAUGCUACUAGCAUUAGAAUGAAUCAUAUCAUGAUUAGCUCCUGUUCAUGUUUUAUUGAAGUGGAGCAGGUGUUGCAUAUAGGGUUGAGUGACUGGCUACCGUCAGUGGAAUUAAGGUUUGGAGUACUGGAAUUACAAAGUUUUGUAAUUGUUGCUGCUACCAGUUGAAGAAGAUAAACUUGUUUAGUUCUGCACGUUGAUUCAUUAAAUAUAUUUUUUUCCUACAUAACAAUGUAUUCGAGCAUUCUCUCUAUAAUCAUAUGAAAUGGGUAAAAUAAAUUGUUUUUUGAUAAAAUUUUUUCAUUGAAGCAUAUGCAGGCCCCCCAGGUAGAAACUUAAAAUACGAUUUGCUUUUGGUGGCGUUGUGUGU